UCUUGUAGCGGAAACCUACAGAGGGAAGAUGAGAGAGGACAAGUUGCUCAGAAUGGAUUGAACGGCUUGCAUCUGGCCUCUAAAGAAGGCCAUGUGAAGAUGGUGGUUGAACUUCUGCACAAGGAAAUCAUUUUAGAAACAACAACCAAGAAAGGGAACACAGCUCUGCACAUUGCCGCACUUGCUGGUCAGGAUGAGGUGGUCCGGGAGCUGGUCAACUAUGGCGCCAAUGUCAAUGCCCAGUCACAGAAAGGCUUCACCCCCCUGUACAUGGCAGCUCAAGAGAAUCACUUGGAAGUGGUUAAGUUUUUACUGGAAAAUGGAGCCAAUCAGAAUGUAGCCACAGAAGAUGGCUUCACUCCCCUGGCUGUAGCGCUGCAGCAGGGUCAUGAGAACGUGGUGGCCCAUCUCAUCAACUAUGGGACAAAGGGGAAGGUGCGACUCCCAGCCCUGCACAUUGCAGCCCGUAACGACGACACAAGGACAGCUGCGGUGCUCCUGCAGAAUGACCCUAACCCAGAUGUGCUCUCCAAGACGGGUUUCACGCCCCUCCACAUCGCAGCUCACUACGAGAACCUCAACGUGGCCCAACUGCUCCUCAACAGAGGGGCCAGCGUCAACUUCACACCACAGAAUGGUAUCACACCACUGCACAUCGCCUCCCGCAGGGGGAACGUGAUCAUGGUGCGGCUGCUGCUGGACCGGGGGGCCCAGAUAGAAACAAGGACCAAGGAUGAAUUGACACCUCUCCACUGUGCAGCUCGGAAUGGGCAUGUGCGAAUCUCAGAAAUCCUGCUGGAUCAUGGGGCACCCAUCCAAGCCAAAACCAAGAAUGGCUUGUCCCCAAUUCACAUGGCGGCUCAGGGAGACCACCUCGACUGUGUCCGACUUCUAUUGCAAUACAACGCAGAAAUAGAUGACAUCACCCUGGACCACCUGACUCCACUCCAUGUGGCAGCCCACUGUGGCCAUCACAGGGUGGCCAAGGUCCUUUUGGAUAAAGGGGCCAAGCCAAACUCCAGAGCCCUGAAUGGCUUUACCCCUUUACACAUCGCCUGCAAGAAGAACCAUAUCCGGGUCAUGGAGCUGCUGCUGAAGACGGGAGCCUCUAUUGACGCAGUCACUGAGUCUGGCCUGACACCACUCCAUGUGGCCUCCUUCAUGGGACACCUUCCCAUUGUGAAGAACCUCCUACAGCGGGGUGCAUCACCCAACGUCUCCAAUGUGAAAGUAGAGACCCCACUACACAUGGCAGCCAGAGCAGGGCACACAGAAGUUGCCAAAUAUUUGCUGCAGAACAAAGCCAAAGUCAAUGCCAAGGCCAAGGAUGACCAGACCCCUCUUCACUGUGCCGCUCGUAUCGGCCACACCAACAUGGUGAGGCUCCUGCUAGAGAACAGCGCCAGCCCCAACCUGGCCACCACUGCUGGCCACACGCCCCUGCACACCGCAGCCCGUGAAGGCCAUGUGGACACAGCCCUGGCCCUUUUGGAGAAGGAGGCAUCCCAGGCCUGCAUGACCAAGAAAGGAUUUACCCCUCUCCAUGUGGCUGCUAAGUACGGGAAGGUGAGGGUGGCCGAGCUGCUGCUGGAACGUGACGCGCAUCCCAACGCUGCUGGAAAAAAUGGCUUGACCCCCCUACAUGUGGCCGUUCAUCACAACAACCUGGACAUCGUCAAGCUGCUUCUUCCCCGGGGUGGCUCUCCACACAGCCCUGCCUGGAAUGGCUACACCCCUCUGCACAUUGCUGCCAAGCAGAAUCAGAUGGAAGUGGCCCGCAGUCUGCUGCAGUAUGGGGGAUCAGCGAAUGCAGAGUCAGUACAAGGUGUGACCCCCCUUCACCUGGCUGCCCAGGAGGGUCAUGCAGAGAUGGUCGCCCUGCUUCUCUCGAAGCAAGCCAAUGGCAACUUGGGGAACAAGGUAGGUGCACCUCCCACUUCCCCUGUGGUCUCAGCAGAGUUUGGACAG